UUAUAUUGAGAUUUUCUAAUUAACAGAGGCACAUAACCAAAUUCACACCGUAAGACAAACUUGUCUGUUCUGAAGGACAAGGAAACAAGGUUGAUAUUUACUUCAAAAAUGUCAAAAGGUUUUUCAGGGCCCUUUCGAGGCAAAAUGAAGGUUAUACCGCUUCCUUGAGACCAGACAGAAUAACAUCCAUGCUAUUGCAACAAAAUACAACGCAAGAUCCCGAUGGGUCAAAACAUAAUCAUCAGCAAACGAACUGUUCUUACCAAGAGCUACCUGCUGCAGUGGACAACUUCAAACUUUUUAUGUACUGCUCAGUUUUACUGUGCAGCCUUUGCGGGAAUAUCUUCAUAAUCAUUAUCGUUUACAAACACAAGGAUUUACACAAAACAGUGAACUAUUUCAUUGUAAACAUGGCUCUGUCUGAUCUCGUUUUCCCGUUAGCUUGGCUCCCCGUACAAAUUGUUGGAAACGCCAACGGUUCCAUUUCAGAGUAUUGGCACGUUGGCGGGAUCUUUGGAUCGAUUACUUGUAAAUUUAUAUACUUUGUUGCUCACGUUUCUGUUCACGUAUCCUCCCAAAGCUUCGUCUGGAUAGCAAUUGACAGAUUCGUCGCCUUUUUGUUUCCAGUAAGACUAGGGCUUAUUUCUAGAAAGAUACGUUUUAUAGCCAUCGCUUCUACUUGGAGUCUAGCUGCCGCUUUUAAUUUUACAUUCCUUCUUGGCCAGGAUCUUCAUAUAGAAGUAAAUCAUACUUUCUGUAAACGCACGGCAUUCAUUUCCAUCAGCGGCCAAAAAGAUUUCGCAAUAUAUGAUUGGUUCCAAUCGAUUUUCUUUUAUUUCGUCCCGUUGUGUUUAACAACACUUUUAUACACAGCCAUAACUGCUGCCUUACGUAAGCAAAGUAAAGCUCUGGCGAAUUCUGGUCCAAACAUUCAACGAAAUGUUUUCGAGAAAAGAAAAAGAGCCAUCCGAUUGUCAGUUGUUACCAUGGUGACGUAUUUCCUAUCCGUUUCCCCAGCAAUGAUUGUUCGUCUCCAUCUUAACAAAGUUUUGCCACUUUCCUGCACAAUGUUUGAAGUGUUGAUGAUUACGGGAGAAAUUUGCUAUUACUUAUCGACUACCAUCAACCCCUUCAUUUUCUUGUCAUUUGUGCAGAGUUAUCGCCGAGGAUUAAGUAAUAUUUUAAGCCUUUGCUUCUGGAAACGGAGAAAUGAGACAGCAAACAAGGGCAAAUAACUCCAAAAAAAAAUGAACUCUUUAUCAAGACCAAACUACAGCUAUCGACAAAGUUGUAAAGUGUCGGCAAAUAACGAAGGAAAAGUGGAUACUGCAUUGUAAAUUUACAGAUAAUAUGUGCUUUAGUCGGCCCUAGCAUAUUCUAAAAACAUUUGAGUGUAUCCGGCGAUCUUAGCAUUUUGUACAGAAUAGAGCAGGAGUAAACAAUCGUCGCACUACGGAAGUAGCAGAUCAUGAAAAAAACAUUAGAUUAAGCUUAUCAAAAGAAAACAAAUUGUGCUUUUAUUUCAUUCUGAUCUGCCUUAGGAAAGUCCAAGAAAGAAUAUGGAGUGUUUUAAGACUGUACGAGAAAUAACUGUGGCAUCAGAUCACUAUCAAACAUUAGUUUCCUUAACAAAGAUGUACCAUUUUCAAGAACAGAUUUUAACAAACAAGAGAAGAUUGCCAGUUUAAGAUGUGAUCAACAAGAUUUAAGUAACCAAAGGAAAGACAAAUCUGCGAAAAAAAAAAAGGAAAAGAAAAAACUCCACGUGUUCCCUAAUUGUGUUCCAUUGUUUCACAGUGCACAGCCAAGUACUAAAGGCCUUUUCUUCAAGGCACUGCAAUUGAAAAACGCUGUGUUGGAUUUACAGACCAGUGACGCCGAUGCAAAUGAACGUUCACAUAUUUCAAUGCCCUGUUGACACAAAUUCGUCUCCAGGGGUCUAAAGAAAAUG